AUGCCUUCCAAAGUGGCCUCGCCGCACUGGUUCUCCGAAACCUUCGGCUUUGCGGAGGAUCCCUAUGACAAAACCCGGGAGAAGUUCGUGUUUGCAGACGAUGUCCUGGAAAGCAAGGUCAACGGUCGGCGCUUCUUUGUCGGGCCCUGGUCCCUUCCUUCCGUCGCCGAGCUGCGUAGCCAGUGUGCAGGAGCGCCUCGAAGCUUGGGCGGUCUGACCUUCAGCAACGUCUGCGGAAACGCGCAGACGAUGCACCGGGACGCUGGCAACGAAGGGUCCGUGUUUCAGGUUGCUUCGCAGUUCAACUGCCUGGAAAUGAAUGAGCCCGGGGCGCGACCCGAGGAUGGUGUGACAAGGUACUACAGCGAUGCCACUCAGGGCCCCGCCUGCGCCAUUAGCUGCCCUGCGGGGACGGUCUUCCGAAACUACUUUGUGAAUGGAAGAGGACAGGGCCGUGGCCACCAAUUGGAUGGCUUAGCUGACAUUGCGGAGCUCGUAGGGAAUUCCAAGGAGAAGUAUUGGCGAAUGGUGAACGGCUACUGCCUACCCGUGGAUGCAAAAAGCAUUGGGCGGCUAGGCAGUCGCCUCAAAGAGGACGAGCCGCUUGCAGAGGAGCUUCGAGGCCGUUUGCGAAUCGGUGUGCACUGGGCGACUGAGGUGGCCAACAAGGAUCACCGCGUCUGCCAGGUGUUCUGCUCGGCGCUGCCUGUGGCCUAUGCAAAGAGCACACGCUCGCAGGACUGGGAGGCUUUUGCCCGCCUGGUUCUGCAAGGAACCUUUGAGGCCACUCUCGCAGCCGGCGCCGUGUUGGCCGCGGAGCGGGGCUCCCGCAUCAAGGUGUACCUCACAGCCGUGGGCGGGGGUGCCUUCGGCAAUCGCACGGCUUGGAUCGUGGAGGCCAUAGAGCGGGCGCUUCGGAUCCACGCCGACUCCCCCCUGGACGUCAUGCUGGUGCACUUCGGCACCGUCCCGCGUGGCGCCUACGCUGACCUCGCCAAGGGGCGCAAGACCGCGCCCACCGCGGCGCCCAAGUCAGCACCGAAGCCUGAUGCCACGGAUGCCACGGAUGCCGCGCCCGCAGCGUCCGCAGCGUCCGAGCCCGCCGAAGCCGCGGAGCCGGCGGAGCCGGCGGAGCCAGCGGAGCCAGCGGAGCCAGCGGAGGCUUCGGAGCUUCCGAAGGAUGCGGCACCGGCCCUGACACGCACGGAGAGUGGGGCUGUAGCGAUCUCACGCAUCUUUGCCAAGCUGGACACAAACAACGAUGGAGUCAUUCUCGAAAGCGACAUGAGCUCCGUGCUGAAGAAGCUGCUCCCAAGUCUCACAGAUGCGGACAUCAAGUCCAUGUUUGCAGCAGCCGAUUCCAACUGUGAUGGCGAGGUGCACUAUGCCGAAUUCGCAGCUUGGAUAACCAGCGAGAAUGCCUCUGAUGUUAUGGGGCAGCUGGCCAAGCCAGAUGAGCUGCCAGAGAGGUGA